UUGACCUUGUGUCCUCAGGUCUGUCCUGCAUCCCGAUCCUGCCUCCCCGUCGCGGCUCCUUCUACGUGGAGAGCGGCACCGGCACGUCCAUCGGCAGCGUGUUGGCCUUCUGGUGCAGGGAGGGGUACCAGCUGGUGGGCAGCGACAAAAUCUCCUGCUAUGUGAAGAACGGCAGGCCGCAGUGGAGCAACUACCUGCCUGUCUGUGAAGCGAUCCCCAGACCUGAGGACCGGGGUCUCAGAGUGGCUGUGUUGGCCUCAGUGGUGAGCGGCGUCGUCAUCCUCGCCAUGUCUCUGUCCUUCCUCAUCUGCUGCCUUCAAGAGCGAUCCGGUCGGGACCGAGCCAAGAAGGAGGGACGGAGCAGACGCAGGGAGACGCGCUCAAGCCGGCGCAGCCAGUGUUGGCUGGAGAGAGAAGAGGGAGAGUGGGAAGCUUUCCCUCCUCCCAAGAUCUUCCACCUCUCCCAGAGGAUGAAUCCCCGCCUGGCUCCUGACAGCCCCCUCUAUCUGACUGGAAGUCUGGGUGGAUAUGAGAACAGGGGGUACCAGAGGAGUCAGGAGAGUUUGCUGAAGGCGUCUCUUCCCGGACUCUACCGCUCCGAGUCUCAGCUCUACCCCCAUGUCGUCCUGCAGAGAGUCCCAACUCCCACAGCACCCUCCGCCCCGCUCUACCUCCACCACCCAUCCUCCACCUCCACCCACACCGCCCCCCACUUGCAGCCACACCUCAUGGCGCAGUACCCUAUCCCAACCUACCCGCCCCACCCCAACCCUCACCCGACACCGGCGCCCAUCUAUCCCAACCCCAACCCGACACCACAGCGGCCAUGGCAGUAGCUCCUGGGGAAGAUGCUGAAGGGACACAUGGAGACUUCCUACUCCUCCUAGUUUUCUCCCACAGAAAGGAUGCAAUGUUCCCAGAGAGACAUAAAGAAUAUGUGUAUAGCUGCAGUACCCUCUUUUACUGCAUGCUGCUUCUCCUGCAUUACGGACUAAACAGGAACUGAACACUACAUUUGUCUCUUUAAUUCUUACCGCUGCUGCAAUCUCUGCAAGAGGAGUUAUGUAGAGAAACUCCAAGAAAGUUCCAAGUAGCCGGUCAACAAGGGAACACAGGAAGUUGGACUUGACUAAUUCUGGAAGGACUAUGGCCGUCUCUGUUUAGGUAGCGCAAAUCUUUCAGCAGUAUUCAUUUUUUAAUAUAAAAGGAUCCCUAUCAGCCUUACUGAGGUCCACAAAUCUAAUCUAGACAUGUAAAUACAGUCUAUAUGUUUGCUUUAAGAAUUAACAUGAAUUUCUGAAAUCGGACUUGUGAGGUAACAAACGGUUUGGGGUCACUUUACAGAUCUUAUUAAUAAGUACUGAUACUUUCCCACCGCAUGGAGAAAACAGACUGGCGGGAUUUAACACUGUGAUUUAAAUGCUGCUGUUGCUGCAGACACUGAAUGCAAGUGUGUGCUAAUAAUACAGGGAUCGCUUUAAAGGUCACCUAAUGUGAAAAAUCCAAAUGUUCAUGUCUUUUUGAUACAUAAAUAUGUGUCCCCUCUGUGUUAAGAGAUUCGGAAAGUUUCUGGAAAAAUCUUCUCUCUUUUUCUCCUGAUCCAUUUAUAUAAAAACCUGUCUGAAAAUGAGCUGAUCAGAUUUUGGCCAUUUUA